AUACUUCAUGCAGCCUCCAUGCCUGCAAGUGAUGCGUGCUUCAAUGAUUCUUCAAAGUUUUGUGUAAACAUGAGCUGUUGAUUGAUGCGUAUAAACUUUGAAGAAACGUGGGAGAACACAUCAGUCGCAGUGCAUAGACUCAGCCUUGUUCCACUGUUCACUUUAUGAAUAUAUAUUUUUAAAGCUCUCCUCUCUCUUCAUCUUCAAAAAGAUAAGGAAGUCUCAGUGAAGAAAUGGAAAUUUCGUUUACUCAAACUUGUCUUUUUUUAUCAUCAAAUGCUUAUAUAAUCCAACACCUUCUACACUCAUUUUGCCUGAAACAACGAGUUUUGCUUAAGACAACAGUCUCAGGAUGGAAAAUGCUUUUGACUUAUGUAACCGUGAUCAAAUCUCGCAGCCAAAACUAAGUAAAAAGUAUUUUUCAUCUUAGAGAAUGUUGUUUUGAACCAAUUUCGUCCAGCCACAUCCAAACUCUCGUGUCUGGUCAUCGAUUUCGAUGAUGAACCUUUCCAUGUACAGAACAACAUAUUGAUGUCUCAUUUUGUUCAAUCAUUGUGUUACCAGUGCUCACAUAGUGUUCCACAUAAGUUAUUGGCUGAGAAUAACAUGGUUUUUUAUCUUUUCUAAGGGAGUGUUUGAUUUAUCUAUUCAGAUUGAAACUUCAAACAUUUUGUUUUUCCGACUCUUUCGGUUUCAAAUUGAAUUUUGGUACAUUUUGUUCAGGAAGGUCCGGUUUUAGCCAAAUUUGACAAUAGUAUGAUAAUAAUAAUUUUACGUUUUUUUUUCUUCUAAAUCAUUUUGUAUUAUCUCUGUUUUCUCCGGAGAAGAAGGGAAAAAAACUAGAGGAAGAGAAACAGUUAUGCUCUGCCUCUCUAAUACGCUUAAGCUUGUUGAUCAUCUCUCUUUUUCUCUUUCUUGCGUCCUAAGAAACUUAGGAACACGGUAGAUAUGAAGAAGAUACGUCACGUUCGUUUAAACCUACUUCUCCUUCAAUUACCUCUAAUCAACCUUCUUCUGUUUACGACAUUUUCUUUCGCUCAAGACUACGGCGAAGAUGUCGAGAAGAAGGACACUCCUCCACCAGGUCUUGCCCGUUGCAACGGAGUUUACAUGUCAUACAACUCCGGCGGCCGCGAAAAGCUAUAUCCACGCACCAAAAACGCCACGGCUCAAGCCUGGUCGUUCAAGGCAACGGCUAUGAUCGUGAACACGGGGAUAGAAGAGGUCAAAGGUUGGGAAAUGUUCGUAGGGUAUCGUCACAGAGAGAUCAUUGUUUCUGCUACGGGAGCUGUCUCAUCGGAUGGUGACUUUCCUUACGACGCAAGUAAUGGGACAACGUUCAUUGGGUCUCCUAAUACAGAUCUAAAAACCUCGAUAGAAACAGCUGGUGACUACACUAAGAUCUCAACGAAUAUCGAGAUAACAGGAACGCUUUUCGGUGGUAGAGGUACGGCUACGCCACUUCCGAGAUCGAUCAAGCUUGUUAAUGAUGGAUGGCAAUGCCCUGCUGCUACUUCAAAAGGUGGUACAAUGCAAGUUUGCUGCAAGAGGAAUCCUAAGUUUAAAGCUAAGAAAAAAACCAAAACAAAGUUCACGCCUAGACGACAUGGAGACUUGAAUAUAAUAUAUGAUGUUCUUCAAGCCUACACAAGCAACUACAUGGCGCAGGUAACUAUAGACAAUGAUAGUCCAUUGGGACGGUUAGACCACUGGAAUUUGACAUGGGAGUGGAUGCGAGGAGAGUUCAUCCACUCCUUGCGUGGAGCUUAUUCAGCUGAGAAGAACCCGUCAGAAUGCUUGCACAGCAAGGCAGGACAAUUUUAUGGGGAUCUUGAUUUCUCUCAGGUAGCUACUUGUCAGAAGAAGCCUAUUAUCAAAGACUUACCAGCUGAACGUAAAGAAGAUAAACUCAUCGGGAUGUUGCCUUUCUGCUGCAAGAAUGGAACUCUCCUACCAGCUCUCAUGGAUGCUUCUAAGUCCAGAGCCAUCUUCCAGUUACAGGUAUACAAGGUGCCACCUGAUCAGAACAGAACAGCCUUCUUCCCUCCUCAGCAUUGGAAGAUAGACGGUAUAGUCAAUCCUCAGUACAAGUGUGGACCACCUGUAAGGGUGGAUCCAACCGGGUUCCCUGACCCGAGCGGUCUCCAAGCUACCACCUACGCUUUUGCCACCUGGCAAGUCAUCUGCAACAUAACAAAACCUAAACCAAAAGCUGCUCGUUGCUGCGUCUCUUACUCAGCCUUCUACAACGACUCAGCCAUUCCUUGCAACACAUGUGCUUGCGGUUGCGGAGACAUCGACACCGACACAUGCAACGCCAACGCCAGACAGCUUCUCCUCCCUCCAGACUCGCUCUUGGUACCGUUUGAAAACAGGACGCUCAAGGCAAAAGUAUGGGCAAAGAGGAAACACCUGGCGUUCCCAAAGAAGCUUCCUUGUCCUGACAACUGUGGAAUCAGCUUGAACUGGCAUGUUAACUCGGACUACGCUGAUGGAUGGUCGGCGAGGGUGACGGUUUUUAACUGGGGAGCUAAUGCAGUGGAGGACUGGUUUGCUGCUGUGGAUUUGGGUAAAGCUGGUUUAGGGUAUGAGAAUGUUUACUCUUUCAAUGGGUCAAGAGUUCCACCUAAGAACCAGACCAUUUUCUUCCAAGGAGUUCGUGGUAUGAACUUCUUGAUUGGUCUCACGAACGGGACUCACCCUGGUAGAGACCCCAAGGUGCCAGGGAAAAUGCAGUCGGUUAUAUCGUUUAAAAAGCAUUUGGGGACUUUGAAUAUCCCAAGAGGAGAUGGGUUCCCUAAGAGAGUUUUCUUCAAUGGAGAAGAGUGUGAGCUUCCUAAGUUCUUUCCUAAAAAGAGUUCCGGGAAGAGGUUAUCUGGUAUUGGAUUCUUUCCCUCGAUUCUCCUCGUGAUCACAACAUUUCUUGUGAUCAUGUGUUCGUUUUAAGAGGUGUUUAGGUUUGCAUUAGUUAUUUAUGUAAGUUGCUUUCUGUUUAGCCAUGGUGAAGGGACUUGAAGAGAAUUGUUAUGUAUAUCUCUAUUUAAAAAUUUUGUUUGGUCCAAGAAACUUGUAUCCAUUAGUCAAAGGAACUGAUGCAGAGUGAAUAGCACUGAAUACACUCUUGCCUUACUACAAAUUGUGUAUCUGUCUAAAAAAUCGAUUGGUAACGA